AUGAACGCAGAACAUGAAGCUUGGUUAAACACAAACAUUGUUAAAAAGAAUGUAGAAGCUCACCGAGCGGAUUUCGCUUCACUAAAAAAGGCAUUGGAUCCAAAAGACUUCAAGGUUUGUUAUAUUUUUUUUGUAAUAGGCAAGUAUCUUUUAUAGUCAUAUUUUUAAGGCAGAUAUUCAUGUUGGUAACCGUAUCCUUUAGUGAUGUUUUUACAUGCAGCCGGGACUAAUAUAGUUAAGUUUGUUACAACAAAAUCUUACUCUUGCUUUCAGACUUUCCUGGCUCAACCACAAGGAACCCGUAACCGUUACCGCGAUGUCGUAUGUUUGGAAGCGACCAGAGUUAAACUGAAAGGGCUAGAGAACGACUACAUUCACGCCAACUACGUGAGCACGCCCAAAAGCGACAAGAGAAUCAUUUGCACUCAGGGGCCGACUGACACCACUUGUGGCGACUUCUGGACGAUGAUCUUGCAGGAGAAGUCGGCCGUCAUCAUCAUGUUGUGCAACUUUUACGAGAAGAAUAUCAAGAAGUGUGCCGAGUACUUUCCCGUUGCCAAAGGUCAGAGUGUGACUUUCGAGAAGAUCAAAGUCACUUGUACUAGUCAGCAAGAUGUAAGUUAAGAUGUUGGGCUACCUUUAGGCCAAUGUAUGCUACUCUUUAAUCUGAUUUCUGUAGAUGGGUCUAGACGAAGCAUUUAAUGUCGUCAAGCUCCGGUUGUCUCAACUGGUAGUCACUAGAGACAAGAACAAGAUGGAAGUCGACCACUACCAAUGGCUCGACUGGCCUGAUCGUGGGGUUCCUGAAGGCGAUGUCACUGCCAUUAAUUUGCUUCAGAAGGUCGGUAACACCAAGUAAGUCAUCUUUUUGAUGUAAUGUUGCGAUGCAAAUGGUAUAUUGCCAUUUAAUAGUGACUUUAAUCAUGUUGUUUAUUAUAUUAAAUAUCUUCUGCUAUUCCAGAUAUCCAAUUGUCGUUCAUUGUUCGGCCGGCAUUGGUCGUACUGGUUCGAUUGUCAUGCUACAGUACUUGCUAGACGCUACUGAGCUGGGAAAGCCGUGCGACAAGCUGGACCAGAUUUUGGCUACGAUCAGAGAUCAACGGGCUUUAAGUGUGCAGGUAUGUUUGGCAAUGUGUUAGUGUGGUCUUUGCAAUCUUUUUGUAAUCCUAGAAAUAAACGAAGUUACUAUAAUAUAGGAAUUUAUAAAAAGCGUUUUUCAAUCAUAAUAAGAUGAUCUUAAACUUUUCUUUGUUUUCAGAACGAACAACAAUACCUUUACGUGAUCCGAGUGUUCCUGGACUACCUCCUCCGAAAGGGUCUGGUCGUAAAAGAUUCCGAUGGGAGAACACCGAAGCAUAUUACGCAUAUGAGAAAGUUCCUUUCCGAGUACACUGCAGCAAUCGAUGGAAAAUAG